AUGGCGCUGUCCGACUGCUCAUCUGCCUCCGAAUACCACCUCCUCUCAGACACAGACAGCGAGGGAGAAAGUAUCAAGGCGAAAAGGUCCUCAUCCUUGCAGGCUGCCAGUCGCCGGCAAGAAAAGCUUCGCAAAAGGUCGCGGAGCAUUCCAACAGUAGGCGCAGCCAGGAGCUGGACCGAGCUUCCCUGCCACGACGAGCACCGCGUGUCGCGGACAUUGUCCGCCCUUCCUGAACUGGAGGGGACCAUUGGGCCGUCCACAAUGACGGCAGAAACCCUUGUGCGCAUGAUGCGCGUUGGAGAUCCGCGACUCAUCGUGCUUGAUGUCCGCGACAUGGACUACUUCUUCAUGGGCAAGAUCCCUGGCUGCCAGCAUAUUGCCUUCGAAACCUUUGCGGAGGUUUUGCCGCAGCUGGUGUAUGCAGUUGGGAGGCACAAUCGCAUCGUCUUCUGCUCUUACGAUGGUAGAAGAAGGAGCAUCUCCUGCGCGCACCGCUUUUUUCGUGCUGUCCGAGCAUGCUUUGUCAAGGAGGAUCGAUGCUCGGUGUUUUACUUACAAGGCGGCAUUUGCGAGUGGAUCAGCUACUGCAAUCGUCAUCAGUUGGGACAGGGACUGGCGAAAGCUUCGGUCUCCGAAGCAAUCAGUGCCUACAGCAAUGUCACGGUAGAAUCCCUGCCGUUGAGCUCUGAGUACAGGGCCCAGGCUUGCGAUGAGUCAUCCUCACCAAGCUCGAGUGGAACCCACACGGGUUGGAUGGAUGCUGAGAGUGCUGUGGCUGUGACUGCGGCAUCAACCAUGGACGAGCUUCCAAGCAUCAGUUCCACAGUUGGUGCAGUGAUGCCCGCGCAGCUUCAAAUAAUGCUGGCCAAAGGCGCUCGUGUUGUGGAUGUCCGCGACUUGGAUUUCUUCAUGGGGCACAUUCCUGGCGCCUGGCACUAUCCUGACAGCUCCUUUGAUGACGAGCUUACAACAUUGGCUAAGGACAGCAUGGGUGUUCCACUUGAUUGCCACACAAGAAAUAACGACAAUGUGCAGUCUGUGCAAACCCGAGCUGUGGUGAACUGCCUGCGUGCAGACUGA